UAUAAAACCCACAACACCAUUAAGACUUGAGAAAGACAAAAAAAAACAAGAGAUAAAGAACAAAAACAAAAACAAAAAUGAUGAAGUAUUUGAUCUGUCUCUCUCUUAUCCUCCUCCCUCUCCUCUCCGUCGUGGAAGGUAAUCUCGGUGGCUGGCAGCCGAUCAAAGAUUUAUCGGAUCCGAACAUCCAAGCGGUCGCCAAGUUUGCGGUUGACGAGCAUAACAAGCAAACUACGUCGAGUCUUGUGCUCGUGAAGAUCGUCGAGGGAAAGCAGCAAGUGGUUGCCGGGAUGAUUUACAGUCUGACCAUCGCUGCAAAGAAUGGUGGUGCUGGGACAAAGAACUACGAGGCUGUCGUUGUUGAAAGGGUGAGUGAUCAUUACAAGGGUCUGCAGUCAUUCAAGGCCUUAUAGAUCUAAGUUUUACUUUUUGUAAAAACGCAAUAUUGAUCAUACAUUAUUCUAAUAUUUAUAAGUUUUAAUAAUUUGAGAUUAUAUGUCUUUUUUUGGAAUAAAAACUAAAUUAUAGCUA